UGCUCGUGCUUAGGACCAUCACGUGACGGUGAGAUGCGAGUGCAUGCGACGAGGCUGUUUCAGAGGCUGAAGCUAAACAGCGCUUUGGUUGAAGAGAGUUAUUAGCGGAGGAGACCGAAGCAGGCAGCUAGCUGUAGACUCGGAGAGAGAGCGCGAGUACAGUUCCAGUGGCAAUCGCCAGCGGUUUGCGGAACACUCAGCUGUAUAUCCCAGCGUCAACCACGGCACAGAGGAAGAGGAAGCGCGAGUGUUAACGAGCGGGGGAGAGAGGGGCAAGGGGCAAGGACUGGAGCAGGGGAGCUCCACGGGUGGAGGUGGCUUACUGGAAGUAGGAGUGUUUGCAAUAGAAGGGGGCAGCGACGUCAGCCCGAGAGCAUUAGGGCAGCAGACGUUUCGAGGGCGGUGGAGUGUGCCGCCUGUGUCCUUUUCCCCUACAUCCGUAGCACUGUCAAGGGAACAGCCAUCGACACGGAGGGCAGUAACCCCGCGACAAAGCCAAGGCAGCGGCCCCGAUAACUAGAGAUACUACUAUCAGAGGCUCACUAUCAGGAAAGGAGGAAGGAAAGCGACUAGGGUGUGGGCUGCUUAAGUUUUGUGCACUUUUUACCAUUUUUUUGUAAUUGCAUUUUACUGUUGGUCCGGUUUUACUGUCAUUUGUUUUGGAAUAUGGUUGGGGAAAUGGAAACGAAGGAGAAGCCGAAACCGACCCCAGACUAUCUGAUGCAGCUGAUGAAUGACAAGAAGCUGAUGAGCAGCCUACCCAACUUCUGUGGGAUCUUCAACCAUCUCGAAAGGCUUCUAGAUGAAGAAAUCAGUAGAGUACGGAAGGACAUGUAUAAUGACACAUUAAAUGGCAGUACAGAAAAGAGAAGUGCUGAAUUGCCAGACGCAGCAGGACCUAUUGUACAGCUGCAAGAAAAACUAUAUGUGCCUGUAAAAGAAUAUCCAGAUUUUAAUUUUGUUGGAAGAAUCCUUGGUCCUAGAGGGUUAACGGCUAAACAGCUGGAAGCAGAGACGGGAUGUAAAAUAAUGGUUCGAGGAAAGGGUUCAAUGCGGGAUAAAAAGAAGGAAGAACAGAAUAGAGGCAAGCCCAACUGGGAGCACCUAAAUGAAGAUCUUCAUGUAUUAAUCACUGUGGAAGAUGCCCAGAACAGGGCAGAAAUAAAGCUGAAGCGAGCUGUCGAGGAAGUAAAAAAGUUGCUAGUACCUGCAGCAGAAGGUGAAGACAGCCUUAAGAAGAUGCAGCUGAUGGAGUUAGCGAUUCUCAAUGGCACCUACAGAGAUGCCAACAUUAAGUCACCCGCCCUUGCCUUUUCUCUUGCAGCAACAGCCCAGACUCCACGGAUUAUUACAGGGCCUGCACCUGUUCUCCCUCCAACUGCCCUUCGUACUCCUACACCAGCUGGCCCUACACUGAUGCCUUUGAUCAGACAAAUUCAGACUACUGUCAUGCCAAAUGGAACACCACAUCCAACUGCUACAAUAGUUCCUUCUGCACCAGAGACCGGUAUAAUCUACACACCUUAUGAAUACCCAUAUACACUGGCACCAGCUACAUCUAUCCUGGAGUAUCCAAUUGAACCUGCUGGCGUGUUAGGUAUGGCUUUCCCAACGAAAGGAUAAGAAAUCAAGGACGAGCUUAAACGAACCCUCAUCAGAUCUGAAUUUUAACAAAUGCUUAGUUUCACAGCAGCCUUGAGCAAAAUGGGUUUAACCUAGCAGUCAGUGACUUGCUUGUACUUGAAAAACACACAAGCCUGCUGACCGCUGAAAUGUAGUAUGCUAUGCCUUACAUGCAAGGACGCCAAGUGUACAGCAUUUUGCUGACUGCUAAGAACUUGUUAAUUACUCUUUGCUUUACUAAUCACCUAAGUCAUUGCAGUCUGCGCUUAGUAUCUUAGAUGCUUAAAUAUUCUUAAAUCUACGUGCUUUGUGUACUGCUUUCAACAGUUUCAAAAUGGUAGAAACUGGAACUGGUCUUAGAGUGGACCAGCGAUUUUUCAGUAUUAUGUAAUAUUUAAAAAAAAUUAAAAUGGCAUUAAUAAAAAAUAGUCCUGCUGCAAUGCAAGAAAGGCACUUCAGUGAUUAUGUGAAUAGUAAAGCUCUAACUAGGCUUGGGGAUCUUAAAGUUGAUGAACACUUGUUUGCUCAAGAUCGCAAACAGACUGCUUCAGCAAGUUAAGACCCAAGUAUGACUGAAUAAAUGCAAUAUUUAACUGCUUAUAUAACUUCAUAUAUAAAGGUCAAGACUUUAGACUACUGUGCCUUAACUUGUUAAUAAUUUUUAUAAUGAAAAUGCUUUUUUAGUAACUGUUAAUGUAACUUCAGUUUUGAUAUAAAAACUCCAUUCUUAAUGUUGAAUUAUGAUGGUUGCAUAUUAAUUCCUAAGUAAAAUUUCUAACUUUUGUCUCUGGCAAUUGUAAUUUAACUAGGUGCGGUGGCUACUAAGGUUCGAAGGCACGAUAUGCGUGUCCAUCCUUACCAAAGGAUUGUGACCGCAGACCGAGGUUAGUUUAGUUCUGCAGUUCUUGUGUUAAGAGGUGCACUUUUUUUUGGAAAUGGCUCUUUGCAACACUUUAUCUGGUUUACCAAGAGAACAUUUGCAUAUUCCUUCUGACUGUGACAACAAUAGUAAUUCUGAGCAGCACACUUGUAUAUAAAUAGGUUUAUCAAAGAAAUUAAGAAAUGACCUUUGAAAAAGUUGUACAUACCUAGAAAAAUGUUAAAAGUGUAUCCAUUUCAGCCGUGGUGUCAGUAUGAAACUAUAACAUUUGUGACCGGCAUUCUUUAUUACUGGUAGUUUAGUUUAUAUGGUCUUCCUUAUUUCCAUCUCCAUUAAGUUAUUGGUAGCUGAACUACAGUGUUAAUGUUGCCUGAAUUAGCAGUAUUAUUUAAUGUAGUGCAGAUGAAUCAGAACAGUGUUGCAAAGAGUGCUUGAAUAACUGGUUGAUGUGUGAAUUCCUCGAGGAAGUAAAGAACUGAGUGCCUCCAGUGCCAGGCAUAAAAGAAAUUAAAGAUUUGGUUUCCAUUUUCUUUUUUAAACACCCAGCAUAAUUUGCUGUGUGCAUUUAACUGAAUUUCAUUCUAGGGGAAACUACCUAUUUCUGUAUUGUUUUUUUUUUUUUUUUUGCACCAAGUAGUUUUUGUAGCUGCAGAGCUGCUAUGACAAAACAUUUCCUGCGUGUCCCACACUGCCUGAUAAAUAUUGACUGGAAACCAGAUCUUUGUUUUUCUCUGGCCAGCCUAGACUGCCACCUCAUUGUGCCCUUAGAUCCUUGGAGACAGAAAUCUUGUACUUUCUCUUAAAAAAAUGAGAGAGAGAGAGAGAGCAAGAGAUGUAUAAUUAAAGGGUUUUGCAUCUUGUUUUUCUGGAACUGGCUUUGUAUAUGGGACAGUAUUACUGCGUGAAAGCAAGGUGCCGGACUCUCAAUUUAAAAAUAGAGUUGGAAAUUUGCUGUGAAAUAUUCAAAUGGCUUGAGAUUAUAAAACAUCGUAGAUUGUUUAUGUAAUCUAUAAACCCCACAGUUAUGAUGCUAUAGUGUGAUGUGGAACAUAGGAUAUUUUGUCUAGGUUGUGGAAUGGCAUAUUCAUUGAGAUGGACCACCUUUAAAAAUGGCUUACUCCAAAGUUUUUCCUGGAAUCCUAAUCUAUCAUUGUGUAGAGCCCCCAACUACUGUAGGACUAAUGUAAUUUGGGUCCAGUAUUUUAGAUUAUGAAAUUUAUUGCUAACAGAACUACAAUUUAAAAAAAUAUAAGUUAAUUAAUGUGAUGCAGGUAAACAUAAAAGUGUAUGCAGUUUAUUAUUUAUGGAAUUCUUUCCCAGAGGAUCUGCAGAAUACUUUAUUUGAAAGCUGUUAAUGUGGUUCCUGACUAUUUCAACACUACAGAUGUUUAGCAGUACAUUUACUAAGUAUAAAGAAACUUGAUUUAGAGCCAAGAGGUCAUUCUGGGAGGUAUUCAUAUAAAAGUUACAUGUAGGGGACACUUAUGUGGCAUGUGUUUUACAUGAAACUUGUUUUUGAGAAGGCUCUUGUAAGAUUAUUAAGUUGCAUGCUGCUGUCUCCUCAUUUAUAAGGGCUGGGUUCAUAUCUGCCUUUGUAUGCUCUUUAGUUACAGUUUACAUAUUUUUUGUUGUACUUUUGUGGGAUUUCUGUGACAAUAGUUUCCUCCCACAUCCAAAAUAAUUGCUGCUUAGGUUGUUUAAAUGUUGUAAUAAAAUAGUAAAGAAUUGUCCAUAGAUUUGUAUUGUGGCUAUAGUGAGCUUUUGGUUUAGUGGGACAAAUUUAAUUAAAAUAUAAUAAGUAAAUACAAUUAAUUAGUAGCAUAUGUAGCCUGAACUUUAACAGAACUUACUGUUUGCCUGUAGGCCUAGAUUUGACAUAAGGUGCACUCUGCUUUGGGCAAUUCUUGGGAUUUCCACAGUACAGUUGUGACAUUUCUCUAGCUCCUUUUCUUGAAAAUGUGUGCAUUUCCUGCAGGCACGCAUGGUAUCACAUGCUGGACUAGGAAGCCAUGUUCCGCCACUGGUAGUGUCAGGUCUCAGACCCAGCCUAGUUUUGUAGUGCUCCCUCACUGGAUGCCAGAAAUCCCGAAAACCAGCUUUCCUGCCAUUGACAGAUCAUAAGCCGCAACACACAAAAUAGUGUAUAUUCUACCUGGGAAAGGCACAGGACAUGAACCAGCCUUACAAGUGCAAAAUCAUCAGACCUGUCAAACACAGGAGAUGAAGACCUUCAUCACAGACAAGAAGAUGGCAGCUCUGGUGAGUGACCAGGGCGGGGAGUGAAAGGAGGGUGUUAUAUGUAGUCUUGUGUCACUGUUUUACUUAGAGGAGACGAUGAGGAACCAGGAGCCCAAGCAGUGGCAAAAACCCCUCCUCAUCACUUCCAUGUAUGAGGAAUGUUUCCUGUCCUUUGUGAGAUUUCAGUCAGCUCAUGUCGGUUACCAGCUAAUAAUAGGUGCAUCCCAAGUUUAUAGAAUGAGGGAGGGGCGGAUGUUUCCUGAGGUGAGGGCACUAACCAUCCUAUUUUGGAGCAUGUGAAGCUCUACCAGGCACUGCCAGCCACUCUUUCAGAACCCUUUGAGUCCUACAAAAAAGCUGGUUGCUUGAACUUAGGAUUGAUGGUUAUGUUGUUGUUACCUUCCUUCAACUUGAAGACAGUCUACUGGCAAGGUUUGUGGAAGCUACCAGUUUCUGUUGUCAUUUGGCCCCACCAGAAUGGCUGAAUUGUUACUUACACAUGCACAUUUCCAGCUGUGAUAGAAACUGUAUUAGUGGUUGUGGGGUGAGUCCCAUAGGGACUUGUCUUGCCCAGUUGCCGCACUGAAACCCAUUUACCCAAUGUUCAUUACCUAUCUGCCAUUCACUCAGCCUCAUACAUAAUGUAAGCCCAGAUUUUUCUCCUGCUGGAGUGGAACAACAGGUAGGAAGGCAUUUUUUCUUUAUUUUUUCCCCUCAAAGAGGGGAUUAUGAGAAUCCCAAGGACCCUUUGUCAGAGACAGGCAAGGAUAAUCACAUGUCUUCUGCAUAAAUCCCCUGCUUGAUGAUCAUCCCAACAGCCUUCUCAAACAGAAGACUAAGUUCACUGACUGGCCUUUUUCCUUUCUACCUUCACCCUGCAGACAACUGAAUUAGUCUCUGGAAGAGCAUGGGGAGCUCUGGGUCAUCAUGUAGAAGUAGCCUUUUUCUUAAUUAUAGCAUUUCUGCAGUCCAAAAUCAUCUGGCUUCAGUUUUUUCUGUUCCCAAGAAGAUAGAUGCUCUCCAUAAGCUCCCACUGAGGAGGAGUGUCAUCAACUAUCAUGGUCAGACAGAUUCCUGUAUGUUUUCCUUGGUUCAGCAUAAGUUCUAGACUAUAGGACCCUUGUUACUUUGACAUUAGAUAAGUUUUCAAAAGCUUUACACAGUAUUGCAGGAGGGUGUUCUCUCUCACAGAAAGUAAUUGGUCUUCUAACCAUUUGACUCAUCCGGGUCUAUAUUAGAAUCUCGACCGCUAACCUUGUUGAAUGCCGAAAUGUUGACAGCUAAAUGGCGAAAGCUUAAAAUCGCGAACGGCCAUUUACGCAAAUGUUUUCAUUGGGAAAACAUUUGCUUGGCCAUUGCAAAUAGAAAUAAAUUCCAAACCCUAACAAAGUGGGGGUGUUUCACCCCCCCUACACCCCCCCUAACUAAAUAUACCAGCUCCGAGAUUGCUCUACAUUGGGGAAAGGGCAAAUUCCCGAUAACGGCCAAGCAAAUUCUUUCCCGGUGAAAGAAAUUGUGUAAGUGGCCGUUCUCCAUUUUAAGCUUUCUCCAUUUAGCUGUCGACGUUUUGGCGUUCAACAAGCUAAGCGGUCGAGCUUAUAAUAAUAGACCCACUCAUCCCACUUCCAUUUCUUCCAUACAGACUAGUUGCUGGAAUGGCUAGAAGAGCUCCUGAAAUAUGGGGACAAGGAGACUGUAGAAAUGUCCCUUAUGAUAGUUUCCUGAAAUAGUUUACUGAGGCGUUUGCUGUGGCAUUGACUGUCCUGAUGUUAUAGCAAGAUAAAUAGGUUCAUGAAUGUAUGUGCAAGUUAGAGUGGGUUAGCCUGUCCUCCCUUAUGGUUGAGCUUAGGUAACCCAUUCUUGUUACCUGUUUUACAGGUUGAAGUUUUCUUCAGGGGAGUUUCUUAGGACCAGGAUGAACACCUUGAAAAGAAGAAACCGGUAUUGAACACUUUGUGAUGGCAACCAUUGGGAUUUCUGAGACCUAGAAUGCCAUGUCCUGGGUUGUGGAGACUGACUGAAAAUCCAGACUUGUAUAGACUAAGCCCAAAAUUGCCCUUUCUUAGAGUGCUUUCUUUUUUCCAAGGUAUGGAGGUCUUUGAGUUGAUAUGUAUUGGUUUAGGUGGGUGCAGAGGGUCUUGACCCCCUGCCAAAAACACAGGUUGGAGGAGAAGAGCAAUGUCAGAUACUUGCUCUUCUCCUCUAUUUUCGCUCCUCACCUCCCCCGCAUUUUAGGACUCUGCAUUAUGAGUACUGAUAUGUCAGUAGGGGAGCCCUUUGUGAUGCCUCACUUUGUCAUUUUCUUCUAGGACUACCCAAUGUCCUAAGAUGAAGAAACCCUGCCAUAGAGUGAGGGGAGCUGUCAAGCAAAGGGAAAAAUUUACUGCACGGCACCACUCAGUCUGUCACAGGAGGAUGACCUUAAUGGCACUGCCAACUCGAUUCUGACUACUACACAAGAAUAUCAUCAGGGGAGGUGGUGUCUUGUCCCCCUUUGGAGAAUCACCAGGAAAUGCUGUAUGUGGUUGUGAUUGGCCACAAAAUCCUCUCUCAGAAACUGCUGUAUACAGUGACCCAGAGUUUUUGUUGUAGUCUGGGAAAAUGGCUAAACUAUUCUUUCCUUUGGAGAAAGGCAAAGAUUUAUGCUCCAUCCUUUUCCUGUUCAAAAGGGGAUGGAAGGUUUCUUUCCCAUCCUGGACAUCGUUUUAUUUAGCACAUCUGGUACAUCAAGUUCUGGAUAGAAAUCCUCCAGGGUUAUGAUGUAUUUUGGAUGUUGUCACUGGACAUGCUGGAUGGUGUCUUUCACAUUGUAGACUGUGAUGUGCAUAGAUUUGUUUAGUUACAUGUGGGUUGACCUCUCUUCAGUACUUUGUUGCCGUUUUGUUGCCCUUCUCUGCCAAGAGUAUUUGCCAAACUGCUAAAAUUUAUGACAAAGAUCUUACAGGGAAAUGAAACGUUUUGUGUUAGUUUUCCUGAAAGACUUGUUCCAGAUGUCUGUCAGUGGAUUCCACCACAGCUGCACAUGUUUAGUCCUUCAGGUAAAAGCCCCUGAUAAGGAGCCACCUUAAACUGUCUGGUAUCAAAUUAGGUGACUGCAAUUACUGGAGAAAUGUUGGAUAGUUCAUUGUCUGCCAUUCCUGUCUUCACUGAAAACCUCAUGGAAGUUCCAAGCUCAGAAUGUCUUACACCCACUGGACAUUAAAGCUACCAUACUCUUCCCAGUUGAAUUUGGACCCCAGAAAAUUUGUGUGCUGCUUUGGCUUGUGAGGUAUUAGUGACCUAGAGUGCCCUCUUGGACUGUUUUAGUGUCGCAGGCUGUAGAGUGUUGCGUGAUUCUCAUCAGUUUCACUGUGGGUCUGCCCUUCUUACAGUCAAACCCUGUAGAUGGAUGCUUUUUAGGUAGGUUGAGAAGAUUACUUGGGAUUCUCUUUUGUGCAUUGAAACUGUAGUCCCUAGAAUAAGGAGUUUUGUGUAAAAUAAAUACAAUUAAAGGCAUUGUUUUGACACCAUGGGGCCUGCUUCUAUUCAACAUCUAGGUUGUAGUUCCUUCUAUGACCAAAUACUGAUACAUGCCUAUACCCUUAUGCAUUUAGUCUUUGUGGUUGUGGUUACGAGACAUAGACAUGGUUAUCUGUGUUACAUAUCUUGUUAUCCUGGUGAAGUAAAAGAGCUGGGAGGUAUGUUUAGUCACAGCUGCAGACUUUUGCUGAAGCUGACAAUAAAAAGCGGUUAUCUGAUCAGAUUCUUCUAACAGGAGUGUAUAUUUGUUCUGCAUUACUCCUGUUCUACCCAGUCCAACAGAGCAAGCAGAAAUCCAUGAUAAUUACAUUUUCCCUGCAAUGGUAGAGACUGCUUCUGUAAGAAAUCCCACAUUUCCGUAUUAUUCUGUUUUAUAGCAAAACUUGAAGAAGGAAUUUCAAAUUUCUCAUUGUUUCAUUCCCCAUGCUGAUUCAGUAUGGUGUCGUUUCAUGUUUUUAGGUCCCUUGCAGAAUGAGAAACUGCUCCAGUGCAAGCUAGGGAGGUUUCCUAUCCCAGGCCUCAUCUGGUCCUUUAGAAUCUCAGCUUCCUUCAAACAUACUGCUGUUAGUCAUAGGGGAUGAUUAAUAGGAAGCUUUUAGCUCUUCAGAUGUGUAUUAUUAUUCUAAGUUUAAGAGGUUCUACAUUUAGGUGGAGGCAUACCAGUAUUUCACAUUUUCAGGUUACUUUGUGUUCUGGGUGCAUGUUUGGGCAUCUCUAAACAUCCCAGGCUUGAGAUGUGUUAGACUAUGGUCAUGUAUAACUACUGGUUAAGCAGGUAUUUAAGGGUUUUUUUCUACAGCUUUGCCUGACUUUGACCACUCCAGCUCCAUCUUGGGAUUUGGACUUCAUGAUUGGCUUGCCCAUCUUCAUUUCAAACUGCUUUGUUUAGCAGCUGUGCAGUUCAUUUCUUGAAAUGUACUGUUCUCGAUACACGAUUGUGGUGGCUAUUCACUUGUCAUGGAAAAUAAAAUGACACGUGCAAAUCAAAGGUAACAGAUGCAAAGUCCUCCUCAGUAUGCAUUUAAUGUGUUUUGUUGCAGUUUUAGUGGAGCUGCAGUGUUGCCUUUAAAAAGCCUGUUCCAGGAAACCAAUAUGUAAAUUGUCGCUGUUAGUAUCUCACUAAUGUGAAGUAAUGUACAAGUGACUUGCUCACGGGACCUAAGGGACUUUUUUAAGCUAGUAUUUUCAUAUCGAAGGACUAUUGUUCUAGAUAUUUUUUUCUUUUCGUUAUUUUUAUUACUGUUACUUUUUGCACAUGAUUAGAUGUUGUAAACCUGCAUUUAAAGGAAGAGGAAACGAACCUCAAUCCCCUGACAUAUGUAAAUCUGCAAUACUUGUUACUAAGCAUUCAAGAUUGAUGAAGGGUUGAAAUGUGAGUGUCUCCAUGAUACUAAGAACAUUUCCUUUUGCCCCUUUUGCUACAUAGUAUACAAACGAUGCCUGUUGUGGGCAGGUGGACUGACUGAGUUAAUUGUAAUCAACUGUAAAUGGUGUUGCACGCUGACAAAACCUGUGUGUACUGUGGAAGGCCAGGGACGGGACAGAGGAUUUGCUGCAGGUGUAUAGCUUAAUCAAAAAGUUGGCACACUUUAUUGAUCUGUAUACUUGACUCGGUGCAUCUAACAGAAUUUUUGCGGUGAAACGUUUCCUUUAAGACGUCCAUCUUUUGGUGCCAAGGUGUUUUAUUCUUGAUUUUAUUCUUGAGCCUUAUGGGUUAGGUCAUGAAUUUCUUUAGCAUCAUUUUUUUUUUUUUUUGCUUAAUUUAACUACAUUUCUGAACUUUUUCAACUUUUGAUUACCUCUUAUUAUUUAAAGCACUUUUGAAGUACUACAUGAACUGCACAUUUUUAAAAGUUUAAGCAAAUCUGUCUUUUCAGUUUUCUCUGUGUAAUAUGUUGUCACUUUCAGAAAUGAUUGGAUACUGUAUGUGAUGUGACUGUCUCAUGUAUACAGGUCACUAAAGGCAUGUCAUCAGUAAACUUUACACCUACUGGAUUUCACUUUUUUAAUGAAAUGGCACAAACCUGACUUUGCACUGAUAUACCUAUCUCACUUUUCAUAUCCUCUGCCUCAGCCAGAAUGGCAGCAGUACAAUAGUUUUGAAACCUCAGAAUUUAUUCAGUAUCAUUAAGCUGGUGAACAAGAGUCUUAAUGUUGUACUACUGUUAAGUGGACCAAGUUGGAUGAAGGGGAAUGCGAGAGGCAGAGAGGAGGAGAAAGAAACCGAUACGAGCCACUUUGGCUACUGAUUAACUGGGCAUGAGGACUUUCCACUUGAGAUUUAUUAUUUUUUAAGUUUUACUGUAAUCAUUUUUGUUUUGCAAAGGAAAAUAGUAUUUACAAAUGGCUUCUUUUAAAAAAGUUAUAAAAAUAUAAAGCAGGAAUGUAUAUGAAAUGUCAGAUUUUAUUGUAUUUGCAAAGUAUUAGCAUUGAAAUUUUACAGAGGGCUGUUUGUAGUUUAAAAAUAUGCCUUAUUAGCAUCAUUUAGAAGUUUUCUCUAUAUUUUUGGAUGUACUUAGGGCUUUACAAAUGUAGAUUAUAAAAUGGCAGGACUUUUACAGUGUUUACAUGCAAAUGCAUUUUAUAUUUGUCCUAAAAGUGUAAAAUAGUCUUUUUGACUGGAAUAUAACUGGCAAAAGUGAUAGGCUGAGCCGCAUUCUGGUUCGUACAAUGAUGCCUACACUGCUAGACCUACCGUUUAGUAUUGCUUUGUAUUAUGAGGCUAAGAUUUUCCAUGUUAUUGUAAAUAGAAUAAAUGAAAAGCAAUAAACAUUUAUUGAACAAAA